UUUUGUUGCCAGAAGUAGCAUCAGAAAAGAGAUAGGGGCACUCCAUCGCCUGAGCAAGUUCAUCCUUGCAUCUAUUCUUCAUGGGUGAAUUCCAGCAGCUGCUGCUCAGUCUCCUUGGGGCCAUCAUUUGCCUGGUUUUUCUGGUGAAAUGCAUUCGGUUCUUGAAGUAUUUCAUCCCAUAUAUAUGGAGUAUUUUGCCUCCAUCUUUUUUCCGAUCCAUGGGGGAAUGGGCAGUGAUCACUGGAGCAGGAGAUGGCAUUGGAAGAGCCUAUUCCUUUGAGCUGGCCAAACGUGGUUUAAAUGUUGUUUUGAUCAGCAGAACACUUGGAAAAUUACAGAAGAUUGCCUUUGAGAUUGAGCAAGGCACGGGACAGAAAGUGAAAAUCAUACAAGCGGACUUCACAAAAAAUGACAUAUAUGAUGCUCUUGAAGAAAGUCUUCAAGGUCUAGAAAUUGGAAUUUUAGUUAACAAUGUUGGGAUGCUUCAUAACAGCACCCCGUGCCGUUUUCUCAGUGAACAGGACAAUGAUGAGGACCUCAUCAACUGCAACAUCAUUUCCCUCACCAAGAUGACACAGAUAAUUUUGAAACAGAUGGUCCCAAGACAAAAAGGCCUCAUUCUAAAUAUCUCAUCUGCCUUAGGCACUUUCCCCUGUCCAUUAUAUACCAUCUAUUCUGCCUCUAAAGCUUUUACACGCACAUUUUCCAAAGCCCUUCAAGCGGAAUAUAAAGCAAAGGGAAUUAUAAUAAAGACAGUGACUCCUUAUUCAGUAUCGACUCCAAUGACUCUGAACUCAGAACCUAACAUAAUCAACAAGACAGCAGAAGAUUUUGCUCAAGAGUCACUGGAAUACAUUGCAUUAGGCGAGGAGACAUUUGGGUGCCUAGCCCAUGAAAUCUGGGCACGAUUUGUACACUGUAUUCCUUUGUGGGUCUUCCAAAGUGAGAGAGUACAAGAUCUAUUCCAGACUUUAAUUUCAGAGCACCUGAAAAAGAAUUUGAAAAGUACCUGAUAAAACCUUUACUUGGGAUGUGUGGUGUCGCAGUGCCUGUUUUGACAAUCUAAUAUGAAUUAUGCCAGCAAAUUCAAACGCUUUUAAUAUGAGCAAAUUAAAAACAAAUCAUGUACUGUAUUAUGGUAAAUUAAUUUGCUUCUGUUGUCCUUUCUGUAGCUUGAAUUUACAGCUUGUACUUACUUGAGAAACAAUGUUGUGUGUACAGUAUUGAUUUUGCUGUCAAUUUGAACAUAAUAUUGAUGUUCAAGGAGCAACCGAAAUAUUAUUUUGAAAUUGUAUUGAAAUAAGUUCUGAAAGAACUUUGUGGAAAGUUUAGUCCUGCUGGAGGAAAGUAUUAUUGCAGAAUUUGGUGGGACAUUGGGCGUGGCUGCACAGGAGAAGACAGGAUUUAAUUUGCUUGCUUUGCAUUGUUUAGCUUCCCCUGCCAAAAUUGUUGUAGCUGUCCACACCAGUAAGAUAAAUUACCCCUUUGUCCAUACUGCGCUUCCAAUCGCCCUCCUCUGCACUCCUCUUUGUCCUUCCCCUUUAUGCAGAAGCAUAAUGUUCAGUUCCCAGCAGAUUAAAUUGUAAUACUGGAAAUCUGUUUCAAAUUUGACACAUUUCAUGUGCCAUACAACAGCAGAUCCUUAUUAGAGAGGAUUCCUCCCUCCAAAACAAAAUCCUGCAAACUUUGAAGCAUGCUUUCCAUCCCUAUUUCAUUUAUAUGAGCAAAUUUAUAUUGACGGUUUUGAAAAUGUUGAAUUUAAGAAGGGUACCUAGCUGAUCCAUAAACAGGCUCACACUCAUCUGAUGAAAGAUUCCCAAGAGCAGGGAAAGAUUCACUGUACACCAAAAGAAACAAGGCAAAGUGUGCUGCUUAUAUACCACCCCAUAGCGCUUAAAGGACUCUCUGGGUAGUUUGCAAUUUAAUUUU